UACCUCCGCCCCCCUUCCUUUGCCAAGUCCUUAUCCUCCGCCUCCUGCCGCCAUCGGAGACGAGCCCGUUGGCUCGCCGGAGCUGCCGCAUCAGGGUCUGGCCCGCGGACAGCCGGGGUCCAAGGGAGUGGCGCGCAGGCGCCGGAACAGCCCGUGCCGGGAGAAAGGCUGCGUGCUGCCGCCGCCGCCGCCGCCGCCGCGAUGGGAGCCCGAGUGUCGCGGCAGGACUUCGAAUGGGUCUACACGGACCAGCCGCACGCAGACCGCCGCAAGGAGAUCCUGGCCAAGUAUCCAGAAAUAAAAUCUUUGAUGAAACCGGAUUACAACUUGAUCUGGAUUGUGAUUUUGAUGGUUCUUGCACAGUUGGUUGCAUUUUACUUAGUAAAAGACUUGGACUGGAAAUGGGUUAUGUUCUGGGCUUAUGCCUUUGGCAGCUGCAUUAGUCAUUCAAUGACCUUAGCUAUUCAUGAGAUCUCUCAUAACCUGGCAUUUGGCAACUGCAAUGCUCUUUGGAACCGGUAUUUUGGAAUAUUCGCAAAUCUUCCUUUUGGCGUUCCAUACUCUAUUUCCUUCAAGAGGUACCACAUGGAUCAUCAUCGAUACCUAGGAGGGGAUGGUGUUGAUGUGGAUAUUCCCACUGAUUUCGAGGGCUGGUUUUUCUGUACUCGUUUUAGAAAAUUUAUAUGGGUUAUUCUUCAGCCACUCAUUUAUGCUUUUCGACCAAUGUGCAUCAACCCCAAGCCAAUUACUUAUUUAGAAGUUAUCAAUCUGUUGACUCAAUUGAGUUUUGACAUUUUUAUUUACUAUUUUUUUGGAAUCAAAUCUCUUGUAUACGUGUUUGCAGGCUCAGUACUUGGCCUAGGUUUGCACCCAAUUUCUGGACAUUUCAUAGCUGAACAUUACAUGUUUUUAAAAGGACAUGAAACUUUUUCGUAUUAUGGACCUCUUAAUUUAAUAACCUUUAAUGUAGGUUAUCAUAAUGAACAUCAUGACUUUCCCAACGUUCCUGGAAAGAACCUUCCAUUGGUGAAAAAAAUAGCAGCAGAAUAUUAUGACAACUUGCCCCAGUACAACUCCUGGAUAAGAGUGCUGUAUGAUUUUGUGAUGGAUGAUUCUAUCAGUCCCUAUUCUAGAGUGAAGAGACAUCUAAAGGGAGAGGUGAAACAGGAUUAAUACACCAAACAAAGGAGAGCUCUUCACGGUAGCUUUAAAAAUGGCUUACACAUAUGUAUAUUACUUCCUCUUAUAUUUAUAUUUUGAAUUAUUAAACUUAAGACUAAGGUGAUUUGGAAGCUGCCCAUGUACAGUUUCCAAGUAGGAGCUCUACAAGAAUUUUCAAGACUCUAACAUGAUUUUAACUAAUUAACAUGCUUCUUCUGUGUCUAACUUUCACCUGUGUGACCUGAAUAAAACUAUGAUUCAACUUGCUUCUAUGCCAUUACAUGUAGUUUUUAAAAACUAUAUUUAGCAGUGUUAACAUUUUUUUGGAAGCAUAUUGUAAAAAAAAAACUUCUUAAGAAGCUCUGUUUCUGUUAACUCACUGCCCAUUUCAUUCAUCUGUUUAUUGCCUUCAUUGUGUGCAGGGAAUGGUCAUUACAAAGUUGAGCUUAAACACACAUUUAGUAAACUGGAUUAUUAAUCACA